AUUAACAAAAUUAUCGAAUAAAAAGCAUACCACACAAACAGCAGAGUAAUCAAUAAAUCAUCCUGGUGAGCGAGUGAGUAAAUCCGUAAACAGAGAUGGGUAAAGGAGGAAAGAGUGAGGGUGGAGAAGAAGAAAACAUGGCUGCUUGGCUUGUUGCUAUCAACACCCUCAAGAUCCAACCCUUCAACCUUCCCCCUCUUGGGCCGCAUGAUGUUAAAGUAAGGAUGAAAGCUGUGGGUAUUUGCGGUAGUGAUGUUCACUAUCUCAAGACUCUAAGAUGUGCAGAUUUUAUAGUGAAAGAACCAAUGGUUAUCGGGCACGAGUGUGCCGGGGUGAUAGAAGAAGUCGGUAGUGAAGUGAAAGAUCUAGUGGUCGGUGAUCGCGUAGCACUUGAACCCGGGAUCAGCUGCUGGCGAUGCACACACUGCAAACAAGGCCGUUACAAUCUUUGCCCCGAUAUGAAGUUUUUCGCCACUCCCCCUGUUCACGGCUCUCUUGCAAAUCAAGUGGUGCAUCCUGCGGAUUUGUGUUUUAAACUGCCUGAUAAUGUGAGUUUAGAAGAAGGGGCAAUGUGUGAACCGUUGAGUGUGGGUGUCCAUGCUUGUCGGCGUGCUGAGAUCGGCCCGGAGACAAAUGUGUUAGUCAUGGGGGCCGGGCCCAUUGGGCUCGUGACCAUGCUUGCAGCCCGCGCUUUUGGUGCUCCGAGAAUUGUGAUUGUGGAUGUAGAAGAUAGCAGGUUAGCUGUGGCGAAAGAGCUUGGUGCCGAUGAGAUCAUUAAAGUCUCCACUAAUAUUCAGGAUGUAGAAGAGGAAGUGGGAUUAAUACAGAAAGCCAUGGGAGGUGGAGUCGAUGUAAGCUUUGACUGUGCAGGUUUCAACAAGACGAUGACAACCGCUCUAACCGCCACUCGUCCUGGCGGAAAGGUUUGUCUUGUGGGAAUGGGCCACCAUGAGAUGACGGUCCCUCUUACUCCAGCGGCCGCAAGGGAGGUUGAUGUGGUGGGUAUUUUCCGGUACAAGAACACAUGGCCGUUGUGUUUGGAGUUUCUGAGAAGUGGUAAGAUUGAUGUGAAGCCGUUGAUAACUCAUCGAUAUGGUUUCUCACAAAAGGAGGUUGAAGAAGCUUUCGAGACGAGUGCGCGUGGUGGUAAUGCCAUCAAGGUUAUGUUCAACUUGUGAGUACAGAAACAACAAGUUGGGUUAAAGCAAUCAAGCAACUUCAAUCUUAUAAAUAUUUGGUUGGUUAUGACAAUGCAUAUGCUUAUCUGUACUUCUUUCAGAUGUUUGCUUUGCAUCGACAUUUAACAAUAAUAACUAUGGUGGUUUUUUUUUUUU